UCCUAAGGUAAAAACUAUGUAAAUUGGUCGGUUAUUCUUUCUUUUUCGUUAGAAUUCUGACAAAGAACGGAACGAAAAAAAUGUAUUGUUUAGUUAUUCUCAUUCAUUAGAGGUAUGAAGACUGAGCUGGAUAUGUUGACAUUUAGAAAAUCACAAGAAUGCCUCGUCUCGAGAGAAUUUUCGUAAUUUUCAUCACGAUUGCUUUUCUAUUGGAUAAAGGAUGUACCAAACUUAUUGUUUUAGAAAACAGCACUUUAUCUGACGAAGAACUUAAGGAAAUAAUUCUGGAAAACGAGAGUAAAAAAUUAAAUGAAACGCACCCAACUUCCACUGAACAUAUACCAACGGAGCCAGUCUCAUUAUCUGAAUUAGAAGAGGAAGAAUUAUUUAAUAUGAUCCUCGCCAAUGAAAGCCAAAAACUAUAUCAAUUACAUCCAACUUCUACUGAAUUUGUACCAUGGGAUCUGGAAAAUUCAACCCUAACUGAUGAAGAACUAAUGCAUGCAAUACUUAAAGAAGAACGUCGGAGACUUCGCAAACUCAAGCAUCCCGACUUAUAUACUACUAAUCACACGUUGGUGAGAGCUUGCAACAAAAACAGAGACUGCAUGCGUGACGAAUGUUGUCUUCAACAGCCCUGGUCUGAUAGAUUUUUCUGUGCCCCGAGAAUUAGAGAAGGUAAAAUUUGUUGGAGUCAACUCCACAAUGCAACAAUGAAAUGGGACAGAUUUAGAAUCGUUUGCCCUUGCGUCAGAGAAAAUGUCUGUAGAUUUAAUGCUGAUUCAACUUUUGUGCUGAAACCAUUUCUUGCAGUUUCGACAUGUCAACCGAGGAAGAAACCUCAAUAAUGUAUAAAAUGUAAUUUUAAUUGUUUUUUUACUGUUCUCGCGUUAAAAAGAUUCUUUUAGUUAACGCAAAAAGAAUUUGUAAAGAAGAUGGGUUUUCCUUUAAGAUAGAAAAUACACAUCUCGUAUUUACUCAAUGAAAAAAUAUUAUUCAAAGUUACUAAUGUUUCCAGAAAAUUGUAUAAUUGUUAUUUUGAUUGUGUUAU